ACAAGAAGAGGUAUAAAAGAUCACCGACUAGCUGCCUGCUACACGCCCCGAGUAGUCUCACCAUUGCAGUCACCACUUUCACCUGAGGAAAGACAAGAGGCCGCGAGUUCUCACUCCACAAGACCAACAUGACAACAACACAUCAGUUAAUGGCCGCCGCCUUCUGCCUGUGCGGGCUUUUGUUUCUUCUCCACGUCGACUCUGUGAACAGCUUGAGAUGCAAGAAUUGUACGUUCGGUGAUACUAACUGCAAUUCUGGCAACGCACCAGAGAGAGAGUGCCAACCCAACCAAGUCUGCUACGCAAUUAGAUUUUUCUCCCCAGGAGAAUCGGACCAAACAGUUACACUUCGUGGCUGCACAGCAAAUGACGAAGGUAACCACUGCGACGAUGUCGACGAAACUUGGAAGGAAUGCCACAUCUACUGCUACACAAACAGCUGUAACAGUGCAUCCAAUAUUGGUGAAGAAUGAUAGGACUGUAUUGACAUGCAUCAUUUUGUCAGAAAUCGCCACUGACACCAAAAACUAGGGUUUUAGUACUUUUAUGUUAUAAAAGAAAAUAUAAAGAAAAAAUACUCUUCAGUAAAUUUUUUUCCAUGAUACACAAAAGAUAAACUAUGUAAUCCCAUAUAAAAACCGUCUUCUGUAUUUAUUGUUUCUUGCUAUGCAUCAACGUGAAAGCUUUAAAAAGAUAUUCCUGGUAUUGAAAUGUUGUUUCUGGCUUGUUAAAUGGCAACAUCUGACAUCAAAUUAUUUAAUUUCUGUCCAGAAAACUGAAGAAAAGUAGUAAUCCAU